AGAGAUCUCAGUGAUAUGUAUCGCGUCGGCUCCUGGAGCCUCGAUGACCUUGAUUCAGCGAGCAUGAAGCAACCAUCGAGGUCACCGGGACUCGAGAUUGCUAUGGCACUGUUCGGGAUGGUCUGGCUGCUGCGUGUUCGCUCGGAGAUGCGCCGUUGCUCGAAAUGCCGGCACGAGGAGAUCCUCGCGGCCCAACAGCAGCAACAGCAACAACAACAGCAGCUGCAGCAUCAACAACAGCAACAACACCACAUCCACCAUCACACGCAUCAUCAGCAGCGGACGCUGUCGCAGGGCACCAGUCUGUUGCAAACACCGGAAGACGGCGUCACUUCCUCGGCGAAUACUUUAUUUACUUUGGAUACGCCCGGCGCCGCUGGCUCCACCGGAAGCUACUGCGAGGUCCACGGGUUCGUGCAGGCGAAAGAAGAUAUCCGGGAGUUUUACGAGCUGACGUUGCUCGACGAGUCGAAAUCGGUGCAGCAGAAAACGGCGGAGACGAUCCGCAUUGCCGACAAAUGGGAAGCCAGCGACGGGCCAAUUACGCCAACCUUCGCUCAAAACGACGGUGGCCCAUCUUUCCCGGUGAACCAGACACUGUCGAACAUUUAUGGCCGCAGGUCGGCCAGUCCCGAUGUUCCGCACCAUGUAGACGAAGCUCAGAAAACACGGUAUACCGGCGGAGUGGAGGAACAAUUGCCACCACCGCCAUCGCCGCCCCAGUUGAAAGAGGCUGGACAGUUGGACGGAGUUCCUAGACCGAAUUCGGUCGAUCGUAUUCUUCAUCCUGACGGCAGUCAGCACUUAACUAGUCAUGAAACGCUCAAUAAGAGUCACGACAGCUGGCAAGGACACGACGGCGACCAGGCACACACGCCCCUUCUUGCGGCUGACACGAGACAUGUCAAUGGAGACGAUGAUUGGGAGUACGAGGAGAUUGUCCUCGAGAGGGGUGGUGCCGGCCUCGGGUUCAGUAUCGCCGGUGGCACGGACAAUCCCCAUUUUGGCAACGACACCGCCAUUUACAUCACGAAACUUAUACCCGGCGGCGCCGCUUCUGCGGACGGCCGCCUGCGUGUCAACGAUACGAUACUACAGGUGAACGACGUGUCCGUUGUCGACGUACCACACGCGGCAGCCGUCGACGCGCUUAAGCGUGCAGGGAACACCGUUAAACUAUACGUACGACGACGAAGGCACACGCAGCUGAUCGAAAUCGAACUAAUUAAGGGUAACAAGGGCCUCGGUUUCAGUAUCGCCGGUGGUAUUGGCAAUCAGCAUAUACCCGGUGACAAUGGAAUCUACGUGACGAAAAUUAUGGAAGGCGGAGCGGCUCAAGUGGACGGUCGCCUUGUCGUUGGAGACAAAUUGGUGGCCGUCAGGAAUGCUCUGCAGGGCGACAAGAACCUUGAAAAUGUGACGCAUGAGGAAGCAGUGGCGACUCUGAAGGCGACCCAGGAUCGCGUGGUUCUUCUGGUGGCGAAACCGGAAACCGGAAUCGUGCCCCCGCCACCACCCCCGAUGGCCUCGGACAAUUCGCUCUCGCCGCAACCACGAAAACAAAAUGGUUCUGUGUCGGCGCUGGAGAACAACUCGACUCUGCCGUACUCGCAAGAAUCACGUCACGCGUCUUCUCUCGCUCUCCACGGCGCGGCCACACCACGGGCUGUUUCUCAGGAGGACGUAUCACGAGAGGUGCGCACCGUCGUGCUCAACAAAGGUUCAUCCGGGCUGGGUUUCAACAUCGUCGGUGGCGAAGAUGGCGAGGGAAUUUUCAUUUCCUUCAUCCUAGCCGGGGGUCCGGCUGACCUUAGCGGCGAACUGCGUCGCGGCGAUCAAAUAGUCAGUGUCAAUGGCAUUAAUCUUCGGACAGCCACCCAUGAAGAGGCCGCCGCAGCCCUCAAGGGUACCGGUCAGACAGUGACGAUCGUGGUACAGUACAAGCCCGAAGACUACAACCGAUUCGAGGCGAAGAUCCAUGAUCUUAAACAACAGAUCUCCCAGCAGAAUAUGAUGACAGGCACCCUCAUGAGGACCUCGCAGAAGAAAUCACUUUACGUCAGAGCGUUGUUCGACUACGAUCCCAACAAGGACGACGGUUUGCCAAGCCGUGGUUUAGCAUUCCGUUACGGUGAAAUCCUGCACGUGACGAACGCGAGCGACGACGAAUGGUGGCAGGCCAGAAGAGUGAAUCCUCAAGGGGAGGAGGAGGGUCUUGGAAUAAUACCGUCGCGUAGACGAUGGGAACGGAAGCAACGCGCCAGGGAUCGUUCCGUCAAGUUCCAAGGUCACAUGCCGGUCAUCCUCGACAAGCAAUCGACCCUGGAUAGAAAAAAGAAGAACUUCUCGUUCAGCCGGAAGUUCCCAUUCAUGAAGAGCAAGGACGACAAAUCCGAAGAUGGUUCGGACCAGGAACGGUCUCCCACGACACCCGAGAACGAAAACGAUCCUACACCAUUCAUGCUGUGCUACACCCAGGACGACACUAACACCGAAGGGAGUAGAGAAAUUUUGUAUCGUGUUGAACUGCCUUAUAUGGAGGAACUGACGUUAGUUUAUCUGGAAAAGGAGGAUGAUGAGAAUGAUGAAGAGCUUAGCAGCGAAGAAAAUGUGCUGUCGUACGAGGCUGUCCAGCAGCUCACCAUACAGUACACCCGACCUGUCAUUAUCCUCGGUCCUCUCAAGGAUCGCAUCAACGACGACCUCAUCUCGGAGUUCCCUGACAAAUUUGGCAGCUGUGUGCCACACACAACGAGGAGUAGAAGAGAAUACGAAGUGGACGGACGAGACUACCACUUUGUGGCGUCGAGAGAGCAGAUGGAGAGGGAUAUUCAGAACCACUUGUUCAUAGAGGCCGGACAGUACAAUGACAAUCUUUAUGGAACCUCAGUGGCGUCCGUUCGAGAAGUUGCCGAAAAGGGGAAACACUGUAUUCUUGACGUGAGCGGCAACGCCAUCAAGAGGUUACAGGUGGCACAACUGUAUCCCAUCGCUAUCUUCAUUAAACCGAAAUCCGUAGAAUCGGUUAUGGAAAUGAACAAGAGAAUGACCGAGGAUCAAGCGAAAAAGACGUACGAACGAGCAUUGAAAAUGGAGCAGGAAUUCGGGGAAUACUUCACCGCCGUAGUACAAGGUGACACUCCCGAGGAGAUCUACGUAAAAGUAAAGGAAGUGAUCUCCGAGCAGUCGGGUCCGAACAUUUGGGUACCGUGCAGGGACCAGCAACUGUGACGUCCUGCCCCCCACGCUCAGCCGGGCCCGAAUGCUUGGACCCUGCCACCGAGGCGUCAAGCUUAAUUACACUUAAUAAAAUAAUCAAGUAACACUCUAAUGCCUUCCCCGUCCCCAUCCCUCAUCCCACAUACACACAUACACCCACCCGUACCCACACCCAGCCAGAGACACGGUACACAUCCAUUGAAUGUCCCAGUCAAAUUGUUAAACCGCGCGACGCUCAUCGGAGAGGCUCGACCGAGCACAGCGCGCACUUCCCGAGCGUCGUCGACAAGUGUCACGGGAGAACGAGCAAUUCUCGCGAAGGAAAGGGUAGAGAAGAAAUAAUAAGUAUAACGGACCGCGUUGUUUCUCAUGUUCAAUUUCCUUCGCGCUGUAUACUUGUAACACCGACACUCCGGUCGCAGGAUAGAUGGAAAAGAGAAUCGUUAGACGCCGCGAGAGUGACGCGCGACCCUUUCGAAGCGGUCCUCUCGACGAGGGUGGCCGAGAAGAGGAGACCUGUCGUCUCCGACGCGAAAGAAAGAGAGAGUAUUUAAGGUGUUAAUUGAUCCUCCUCUAGAUCGAAGGUGGAGGGUUCGUGUUAUAGUGUUAAAUACCAGAAGUGUUUCGUUGUACCACGAUGUUUUUCAUGUAUGUAACAGGUUUGUUGAACGAGAGCACGGAGACCCCGCGGGCGCGCGACAGUCUCUGCGUUAGUUUUAUUACAGGACUCAACGACGCGAAUACACGCCGGUAUUCGUGCACCCCAAAUCACCCCUGUCCCCCAUCCCUCUCCUGCGACGAACAUUGAACUCGUGCUUCGUAAUUUAUACUGCACCGUUCCUCCCUCCGAUCCCUUCCAUCCCACCCCACCCUCCCCUCCUUUAGCGUCUCGCGUGCUCGAACCGAGAAAACCGAGAACACUGAGAAAAGGAGCGAAGACUGUCGUGUAUUCGUCUCGAGAUCGAUUUUAACGCGCAUAUUCGACCACACGACACGGACCCCGGUCGGCGUGGCGUGUUUCCUGGUAGGGCUCGCACCGCGGUUGCUCCACGAUCGAUCGACCAACCGCGAGACGCGUUCGUAUGUAUAGAAAGUCGGGAUCGCUUAGAAAUGCGACGAGAACGGCACGAAAUCGAACAAGACUAGAAAAGGUAAUUAAUGAAGAGAGAAGGGAGGAGAAGAUUGUUCACGGGCACGGAUUAUCGUCGCGAAUCAUUCGCAAGAUGCGCACAGCACCGCUAGAACGCUUACGAAACAGACGAUUUUCCUCCCCGCCGCGCGAAAUCGCGACGACGAACCGUGAUUGCGAACCCGGGACGGGCGAGAGAAAAAGGAGAACGGUUCGAAGCGGAAACGGUAAUCUCGAGGGAGAUACGAAUUAAUAAAACUUGGCUUCACCGAUCACACUAUUAUAUAUAGCUUGUCCGGUUUAUUCUGAGCGAAGUAGCGUACGUGCGCGCGUGCGUGCGUGCGUGUGCGAGCGAGGUAUUUUUUAAUGUACUUAACCGCAAUAAGUGGCGAGAAAGGAUGCGAGAGCCGGAGAGGAUGACUCGUUUUUAGUAUUUGUCGCUUGUCCGCCAGGCGAUGGGAAUUUAACCAUUGUAGGAUGCACUAAAUAAAAAUGGAAACGUGAAACAAAGAGAUCGCACGGAAAAUCACUGAGCGAAGCGGCGAGCUCCGUCGCUUAUCCGGUUCCAUCAUGUUAAACCAAGUAUAUAUAUAAAUAUAUAUAUAUGUGUAUAUGCAUAUAUAUAUAUACACAUUAUAUAUACAUAUAUAUAUAUAUAUACAUAUAAUACAAUAAUACGUGUUCUGCAAGCGAAGUAAAAGUUUCGAGUGCAGUUGAGGCGAGGAGAAACCGAGAGAACCCGGACGCGCAUGUUAAUGAACCUCACGAUUCAUCAAACCUCACAGGACAAAUCUUUAGAUGCUAGAAUAGCGAUAUAUAAUGUUUUGUACAGCUAGAUUACUAAGCCAGUACUGGGUUAUGUGCAACAUUAUAUAUAUAUAAAUAUAUACAUAUAUAUGUAUAUAUAUAUAUGUUCUAUAUCUAUAUGUAUAUAUAUAUAUAUAUAUUACCACCAUAUAUAUACAUAUACAUAUACGUAAAAAAAAAGAAGUAUAUAU